AUGUCGCUCGAAUGGCGAUUGUGGGUCGCCGCCACCGACACAGCCGCCCAUGCCGCAGUCUUGGACAUGGUCGCCCCGCUUGUAGGGGUCACCGACGAUGACCUCGACGCCUCCUAUCCCUCGCACCUGUCUUCUCCAGGCCUAGAGCGCCGCGUUGACACCUACUAUGCUUUCGCCGGCUGUGAGGCCUGCGGCGUCAAGCUCCGCUCCGGCACUCGCCUCGAGGCCAAGAUCCUCCUCGAGACGGGCGAGGGUGGUGUCGAGCUUUGGCGCAAGGUCCGUGCGCCGCCGCCGGCUUCCGAGUCGCCGGCCCAUGUCGCACUCGCCUUGGAAGACAUACUCCCGGAAGCCGCGGCGGCCUUGCGGAACGCUGUGGAGCUGACUGAGAAACCGCAGUCGAUGCGUAUUGAUACCGUCAAGCGUCGCCGGUCGGCCAGUGUCGCCAACGCCUGGAUCGAGCUCACCCGUGUCGAGCUCCUCUCCCACUUGGGUGCGCAGCUGUGGAACGGCAUCACGGUUGCCAUCGAGGCCAGAAGCUCGGGCAGCGUACUCGACUGCGCCCAAUCUCUUGGUCUUGCACGCCUCGUCGACGCGAACCCAUCCAUUGUUAUGGCCUCAUACCCCGCCUUCAUCGCUGCUCAAGCCCUGACUGAGGACACCGGCGAUGCUCCAUCCUCAUCAGCCAUGGUUGAUGAGUAGCACUUCUGAUCCACUCACUUGUGAUUCACUCUCAGGCCCCGUGUACCCUUUAUGCGCUGGCCCCCAACCGGCCGCUACAGUACAGAGGAAGUGCCGCUGCGUCAACGAUGGGCACCAUGACCGAGAAAAUAAUUGCUCACCUCCCUA